AUGGCCGAAUUUUAUCAGCUUAAGAUGAAAGACACUGAAGGCAUUGAUGACUUUGCUAGGAAGCUAUCAGAAAUUUCGUCAAAAUCAGCUGCCCUAGGAGUAAACAUCGAAGAGACAAAACUGGUCUUGGAUCUCAAAACAAAGAGUUUUGAAGACAUCAUAGGACGCCUUAAAGCUUAUGAAGAGCGAAUCUUCGAAGAGGAAGAAGAAGCUCAUGAAGACCAAACCAAGUUAAUGUAUACCGAAACUCAAAAUCGGGAAUACAACGGAGAGAAUAGGUGCAGAGGACGUGGAGGACGCUACUCAAGAGGAAGAGGUCGUGGAAGGUACAAUGGAGGAAGAGGAACUACCGACCUAUCAAAAAUCACUUGCUACCGUUGUGAUAAAACAGGUCAUUAUGCCUCAAGUUGCCCGGAUCGACUGCUUAAACUACAAGAGACACAGGAAAACGAGAAAGAUGAGACAGAAGAUGCUGAUGAGCUUAUUAUGCACGAGGUCGUAUACUUGAACAAGAAUUGUAUUCCAAGCGAAUACGAAACCAGCACAGGGGAAGAGAACAUGUGGUAUCUCGACAAUGGAGCCAGCAAUCAUAUGACAGGUGAUCAGAGAUACUUAAAGAAAAUCGACCACUCUGUUACCGGGAAAGUACGUUUUGGCGAUGAUUCUCGAAUCGAUAUCAAAGGGAAAGGAUCGAUAGAGCUCAUCGAUAGGAAUGGUGAUUCAAGGAUAAUAACAAACGUUUACUUUAUCCCAGACUUAAAGAGUAACAUUAUCAGCCUUGGACAAGCUACAGAAUCAGGGUGCGACAUCGGGAUGAAAGGAGACUAUCUUAUUAUGCGAUGCCAGAGGAAGACUUCUUGUUAA